AUGGGAAACUGUGCAAUCAAACCAAAGGUUCUCAAAGAUUCAGACGAGGAUCUGAUUCCGGUCGAGCGAGAGACGUCUGCUCACCCUGUUCAUAACAAGGAUACGGCGCCGGUGAAGAGCAGUAACAUUGCUCCUAACGCUGCGGAGGAAGUAGCUGCUGCCGUUGCGGCUGUUCGACGGAGCGAGAAAGGGAAAGACAUUCUGAUUGAAGAUGACGAGGAAGAUCACAGCAAACGCCAAUCUCUCAGUCUUCUGUUUCAUGAGGACAAGGGAAUAAAAAAGGAAAUAACCGGUUUAUCUCCGGCAAAACCAGAGAUGAAUAACAAAACCGGUGUUGUUUCUUCAGAGGUUUCAAAGCCUGAUACUUCUAACGUCAAAGCGCCAGAAAUCUUUGACGUUGAGACUCGAAAUGAUCUCGAAGUCAAGAUUCCAAAUGAUUCUCCAGUGAAGACUCCUGAAACACCUAAAGCUAAGGAAGCUGAAGACCAAGAAGUUGAUUUUUCUGAGAACUGGGAGGUUAAGUUUCCAGAGGAAUUAGAAGCCAAGAAAACAUCAGAAGUUGUCAAGGUUUCAGAAGAUUUGAAACAUCCACCAGUUUCAAUGCCAACUGUUCCUGAAUUGUCUGAGGUUAAGGUUACAAAAGAGUCAGAUGUUCCUAAGGACUUGGAGGAUAAGAAUGUUCCAGAAAGUCCUAAAGUUAAGACUGAUGAAGUUAAAGUCGCAGAGUCAGAGCUUCUAAAGGUUUCAGAGGUCAAAUCUCCAGAGGAUUUAGAGAUUAAAGUUCCAGAAGUUUUUGAAGUCAAGACUCCUGAAACUACUUCGAGUGUUAAUGUUACAGAUGACUCAAAGGUUAAGACUGAUGAAGGAGCAACGAAUGUUAAGAUUGUAGAAGAGACGGAGGCUUCAGAGUUUGUGGACGCUCCAGAGAAGAUUGAUAAACCUGAAGCUCAGGUUGACGAGAACAUCAAAGUGACAAAAGAUAAAGAAAUUGCGUUGCCUAACACAGAGGAAGGAGAAAAAGGUGCGUCUUCGGAGAAGAAAGUCAAAGAGUCUUCAGUGUCUGAUUUAGGAAACAAAUGA